UGACGUCAGAAGCUCGCCAUCCUCCCAUUGGACGGUCAGAGCAGGUCACAUCUGCGCGCACCAAUUUAUCGGAGCUGGUGGUAAAGAAUGACAAGUUUGCUCACGUGCGGCAAAGGCAAACCCUUCUUCUUCUUCUUCUUCUGCCGCCGCCGUGUGAGGCAUCAACGUCGUCGGUUUGGUUGCUCGGCGUUCCAGCGCGCAUCCUCCUCCAAGUCACAAGUCGCAUCGCCUUAAAAGACAUGGCCGAAGGGGGUUUUGACCCUUGUGAAUGCAUCUGCAGCCACGAGUACGCGAUGAGGCGCCUCAUCAACCUGGUGCCGAUUCUCAUCCCAGCCGCUUCACACUCAGCUGCGAACCGCUCUAGUGAGAGUUGGAGGUCACGACUUGAUGAAGCCAACAGAACCACAUCAUCUGCAAAAAGCAGAGAUGCAAUACUGAGGCCACCAAACUGGAACCCCUCUAUGCCUCGGCUGCGCCUUGAAAUUCUGUCGGUGGAGGUCUUCAAAAUAUUCUCCCCACCGACUCACAACGUCCCGAGUCGAAGUCAGCAGCUCCCCAUCCCCACUAUACCCCUCCUGAGACGCCGGAUGGUGGACCGGAAUUUCCUCGAAGCCGUCCGGAAGUCUUUCUCCAUGGCCUCACCGAACUCCUCCCAUGCCCGAGUUUUUGCUUCGGCGACCACCAAAGCCGCAUUCCGCUCGGCCAGCCGGUACCCAUCAGCUGCAUCGGGAGUCCCACAGGCCAAAAAGCCUGAUAGGGCUCCUUCAGCUUGACGGCAUCCCUCACCGCUGGUGUCCACCGACGGGUUCGGGAUUUCCGCCGCGACAGGCACCGACCACCUUACGGCCACAGCCUCGGCCUCAGGAAUGGAGGUGCGGAACAUGGUCCCCGACCCCUAUGGCCCCUCCCGCAGGUGGUGAGCCCACGGGAAGGGGGAAACCACGCUACCGUUUCGGGCUGUGCCCGGCCCGGCCACCGGGCGCUCGCCUUAGAGCCCCACCUCCGGGCCUGGCUCCAGAGGGGGGCCCCGGUGACCCGCGUCCGGGCAAGGGAAAACGCAAACUUUUUCUCGUCACGGCCGUCUUUGGAUCCGUGCUUUGUCUGGUCCCUCACCUCAGACCUGUUUGCCAUGGGUGACCCUGCCAGGGGCAUAAAGGCCCAGACAACUUAGCUCUUAGGAUCAUCGGGACACACGAACCUCUCCGCCACGAUAAGGUGACGGCUCAAGGAGGGGAACUUUGAAAUGUAUAUACAAUAACAUGCUACCUUUUGAUUUGAUAAGUGGCAACACGUAUAGCUGCUCGCUAGCUAGCGGGCAUUUUGAAACCGGCCGCGGGCCAAUUAUUUGCAGAGUUACAAAACGUUGUCUCUGCAGGGGUCAUCCAAGUGAAUAGUCUUGCUGUUCCACUGAAUAAAACAGAAAACUUUCUUUUGUC